AUGGCCAAGGCCGACGCCUCGUCGCCCACCGGGACGCCGCCCUCCACCGCGUUGAAGCGAACGACCUCUAGCACGCAGAAUAUGAAGAACCAGAAGUCCAUCCUGGGCUUUUUCCAGAAAUCUUCUCCGGCGACUCCAUCCUCCACUAAAGCUCGCGAACCGGCGUCUUCGCCGGCACAGCGGGCCUCCGAACAGCGUAGUGCCAGUACCAAGAAAACACCGGGGACGCAGAAAAGAAGUUUCUCGAGCUUUGCACAAGACUUAAGUCCUGUCCCUAGUAGCGAUUUGCCGGUUCCGGAAGAAGACGAAGAUGAUGGCGAUGACGUGAAGACAAAAGGCGACAACGCUCAAGUGCCCACCAUGUCCCCGUCUCGUCGGGCGAAGAAGAAGCAAGUCACCUACAAGGAGUCUGACUCUGAGGGCGAGGAUGAUGACGAUGCGAUUUUCCGUCCAAGUCGGAGCAAUGGUCGCGCUACAAAAAGACAAAAGGUCUCUUCUUCAGAUAGUGAAGAUGAUUUUGAAGCACCUGCCGAUGAGCCUGGGUACUCAGAUGAGGAAAUGGACGACUUCAUUGUCGCCGAUGACUCGGAUGAAGAUGUAGCUCCUACGAAACCGCGCAAGAGACCAGCAACCAAGGCAGCUCGCAAGCCCUCCAACCAGUCACCAGCUGCACCGCGUCCCCCGCCAAGUGACGAGGACCUGGACCUGGACCUCCCCGAGGGCUCUGCUGGGACUGCUCAAAAAUGGACAUUUGAUCCCGAAAAUAAGGAACCUCGAAAGGAACGGGCCGCGGAAACCAAUCCGAAAACCCCGUCUAGUACCAGGAAAGAAAAAGCCCAUGUGAAGGAGCCCGAGCAGCGAUAUCCGUGGCUGGCAACUCCCAAAGACAUAGAUGGGAACCCCCCAGGGCACCCAGACUUUGACCCUCGAACUAUUUACAUCCCUCCUCUGGCUUGGUCUAAAUUCUCCCCGUUCGAAAAGCAAUACUGGGAAAUUAAGCAGAAAUUCUGGGAUACCGUUGUGUUUUUCAAGAAAGGAAAAUUCUAUGAGCUGUACGAGAAUGAUGCCACGAUUGGCCAUCAGCUGUUCGAUUUGAAGCUCACUGAUCGCGUUAAUAUGCGCAUGGUUGGUGUUCCUGAGAUGAGCUUGUCUCACUGGGCAAACCAGUUCGUUGCCAAGGGCUUCAAGAUUGCUCGUGUUGAUCAAUCUGAAUCUGCUCUUGGCAAAGAAAUGCGUGAGAGAGAUGCCAAGAAGGGUGGUAAAGAGGACAAGAUCAUCAGACGAGAGCUUGCAUGUGUCCUCACAGCUGGAACAUUAGUAGAAGGGUCAAUGCUUCAGGAUGAUAUGUCUACUUACUGUGUGGCUAUCAAGGAAGCUAUAGUGGAUGACCUACCCGUAUUCGGUAUAUCCUUUGUGGAUACCGCCACUGGCCAGUUCUUUAUGUCUGAAUUUGUCGACGAUGUGGAUAUGACCAAGUUUGAAACCUUUGUUGCGCAGACCCGCCCCCAGGAACUGUUGCUUGAAAAGUCAUGUGUUUCAACGAAAGUACUUCGAAUUUUGAAGAAUAACACUGGGCCUACCACUCUAUGGAACUACUUGAAGCCAGGAAAGGAAUUCUGGGAGUCUGAUAUUACGCUGAAGGAACUUGAUGGUGCCGAGUAUUUCGUGUCCCAAGAUGACGAAAAUGUGAAGGCCUGGCCCGAGACACUUCGUCAAGCACGAGGCAAAGAAUUCCUCAUGUCGGCAUUUGGCGCCCUGGUACAAUAUUUGCGCGUUUUGAAGAUCGACAAGGACCUCAUUACCAUUGGCAACUUCACAUGGUAUGAUCCUAUCAAGAAGGCGUCUAGCCUGGUGCUUGACGGCCAAACAUUAAUCAACAUGGAAAUCUUCGCAAACUCUUAUGAUGGAGGAGCCGAGGGAACUCUGUUCCAGCUUCUCAAUCGCUGUAUUACUCCAUUUGGAAAACGAACUUUCAAGCAAUGGAUUUGUCACCCAUUGAUGGAUGCUAGGAAAAUCAAUGCUCGACUGGACGCCGUCGACGCCUUGAAUGCUGAUCCAAGCGUUCGAGACCAGUUCUCUUCGCAAUUGACCAAAAUGCCGGACCUCGAACGCUUGAUCUCCCGUGUACAUGCUGGGCAGUGCAAAGCUCAAGACUUCGUGCGAGUUCUCGAAGGUUUCGAACAGAUUGAAUACACCAUGGGGCUCCUGAAGGACUCUGGUGCCGGCGAAGGUAUUAUUGGACAAUUGAUUUCGGCCAUGCCAGACUUGGAUAAUCUUCUAAGCUACUGGAAGACUGCCUUUGAUCGAUCUAAAGCGAAGGACAAUGGCAUCCUUGUUCCGGAGCCCGGUGUCGAAGAAGAUUUCGAUACCUCGCAAGGGCAUAUUGAACAACUGCACAAGGAUCUUGAUGAUCUUCUCAAGAAGGCACGUCGGGACUUGGGAUCUUCUGCUAUCUGCUACCGUGACAAUGGCAAGGAGAUUUAUCAAUUGGAGGUGCCUGUCAAGGUGAAGAAUAUUCCAAAGAACUGGGAUCAGAUGUCUGCCACUAAACAGGUGAAGCGAUACUAUUUCCCCGAGCUUCGUUCCCUCAUCCGUAAACUCCAAGAAGCCCAGGAGACCCAUGGCCAAAUAGUCAAGGAGGUUGCUGGCCGGUUCCACGCUCGAUUCGAUGAACACUACGGCACUUGGCUUGCGGCAGUUCGCAUCGUUUCCCAAUUGGAUUGCCUGAUUAGUCUCGCAAAGGCCUCCGCCUCCCUUGGUCAACCUAGUUGCCGCCCAACGUUCGUGGAAGAUGAACGCAGUGUCUUAGAAUUCGAAGAGCUCCGCCACCCAUGCAUUGCAUCCUCCGUUGAGGACUUCAUUCCCAAUGAUAUUCAACUUGGCGGCAAGCAACCCAACAUUGACCUACUUACGGGUGCAAAUGCAGCCGGAAAGUCUACUGUUCUCCGCAUGACCUGUGUUGCUGUUAUCAUGGCACAAAUCGGAUGUUACCUGCCCUGCCAAUCAGCACGUCUCACACCCGUCGACCGAAUCAUGUCCCGUCUGGGCGCGAACGACAACAUCUUCGCCGCCCAGUCCACAUUCUUCGUCGAACUGUCUGAAACCAAGAAGAUUCUCUCUGAAGCCACACCUCGCUCCUUGGUGAUUCUCGAUGAAUUGGGCCGUGGAACAAGUUCGUAUGAUGGUGUUGCUGUUGCACAAGCUGUGCUCCACCAUAUCGCUACACAUAUCGGUGCCAUGGGUUUCUUCGCUACACACUACCAUUCCUUGGCUGCAGAGUUCGAGGCCCAUCCCGAGAUUGCCCCGAAGCGCAUGGCUAUCCAUGUUGACAACGCUGAGCGUCGCGUGACCUUCCUCUACAAACUUGAGGGUGGAGUUGCGGAGGGUAGUUUCGGUAUGCACUGUGCGUCCAUGUGUGGUAUAUCCAACAAGGUCAUUGAGCGUGCUGAAGAGGCCGCUAAGCAAUGGGAGCAUACCAGUCGCUUGAAGGAAAGCCUUGAGCGUCGCAAGGGUGCUAGUUACGUUGGUCUUGGAUGGUGGAGUGAUGUUGCCUGGGCAUUGCGAGAGUCGACUGCCAGCGAGGAAGAUAAGGCGGGAGAAGUAACUGACUACGGACUGGAAGUGCUCCGCAAGGCAAUUGAAACGCUGUGA